AGACGAUCAGCAGUCCUCUGGCAGCCAAAAUGAAGCUUGAGGUGACUACGUGCUGCUUGCUGUGUCUCCUGGCUCUGUCGGCUGCAGAUCUCCUGGCAGAGCCCUCCAUCCAUGAUGAGGAGCCUCGGGUGCAUCUUAAGCUCCAGCAGCCAGAAGGAGACCUCUUCUCCUGUGGAUGUGAUACAACAGAUGCCAGCCAGACCUCAUCCAAUGACACUCCGGCUCCAGAGAGAGCCGUGUGCCAGCCCUGCAAAUCCUUGUCAGGUGACGAAGAGGAGCUGGAGGAUGAGGUAGAAGUAGUACCUCCACCGGAGGGGGAUGCAGUUGAAGGACGGGUUCCAGAAGAGAUUGUAGAGGAGGACAAAGAGAUAAUAUCGGAGGUUCAAAGCAAGGAAAACCAAGCAUCUGAAGUUCCUCUAGAGGAGGAGAUCGCAAUGGAAGAGGCAGAGGAAGAAGAGGGGACACCUUUGGAGGAUCAGGAGGAAACACUAACAGACUUAUCUCAGGCAAAAGCAGAAGAUGUGAGUCAAGAAACUGAAUCUACAGCUGAGAAAGAAAGUGCUGAGCAAUUAGAAGAUGAAGGAUCAGAGGAGGAUGAAACAGUACCUGAACCAGAGGAAAGAAACCCAAGUUUGACAGAAAACCUCAAACCAGUAUCACAGGAGCUACCAAAGGGUACAUCAGAUCCAGGGGAGGAACCAGAAGUGACAGAACAACCUGAAACUGAAGAAGACCAGGAGGUCACCUCAGAGCCCGAGCCCAUCCCCGAGCCGGGCCCAGAACCAGAAGCCAUUUAUCAGGAAAGCCAGGAGCCUUCUGUUGAAGCUACUAUAGAUGAUGUAGGUAAAGAAACUACAGCAGACACUCCAGUGUCUGAACAGGGUUCUGAUGGAGAGGUGACAUUGGAGGAGCUGCCUGCAGAGGGUGAGACCAUCGGGUCAGGCCUGAGAGACCGUUCCCACAUUGAGGAGAUGCUGCGACUGGCAACCGCUGAAUCAUCAGGGGAGUUCUCUGGUGCCAUAAAGAGACUGUUGAACAUCUACCAUAAGGCCAUCAAGCCCAUGGAGCAAGUCUACAAGUACAAUGAGCUCAGACAACAUGAAGUCACGGAAGGUGAAAUCACCUCAAAGCCCAUGGUUCUGUUUCUGGGACCCUGGAGCGUCGGCAAGUCCUCUAUGAUCAACUACCUUUUGGGACUCCAUGGCACGCCACAGGAACUUUACACAGGUGCUGAACCAACAACGUCUGAAUACACCGUCAUCAUGCAUGGGGAAAGGUUUCGGACAAUAGAGGGCAUAGUGAUGGCGGCAGACAGUUCAAGAUCCUUCUCACCCCUGGAAAAGUUUGGUCAAAGCUUCCUGGAGCGACUGGUCGGCAUUGAGAUGCCUCACAAGCUGCUGGAGAGGGUCACCUUUGUUGAUACGCCAGGCAUCAUAGAAAACCGCAAACAGCAGGAGAGAGGUUACCCUUACAAUGAAGUGUGCCAGUGGUUCAUUGAUAGAGCCGAUCUUAUCUUUCUGGUGUUUGAUCCGACUAAACUGGAUGUGGGAGGCGAGUUAGAGAUGCUCUUCCGGCAGAUGAAGGGCCGAGAGUCCCAGAUCCGCCUUAUCCUCAACAAGGCCGACAGCCUCUCUACGCAGGAUCUGAUGAGGGUCUAUGGGGCCCUGUUCUGGAGCAUGGCACCACUGGUCAAUGUCACAGAGCCACCUCGGGUAUACGUCAGCUCCUUCUGGCCUCAGGAUUAUGCUCCAGACACUAGCCGGGAGCUCUUUAUGAAGGAGGAAAUCUCGCUGCUGGAGGAUCUUAACCAGGUGAUUGAGAAUCAGAUAGAGAACAAAAUCGCCUUCAUUCGCCAGCAUGCCAUCCGUGUACGCAUCCACGCUUUGCUGGUGGACCGCUACCUUCACACCUACCAAGACAAGCUGGGCUGGUUCGGGGACCCCCACGAGGUCUUCCAAGACAUUGUGAAUGACCCCGACAAGUUCUACAUCUUCAAGUCCAUUCUGGCCAAGACCAAUGUCAGCAAGUUCGACCUCCCUGACAAGGAGGCUUACCAGGACUUCUUUGGGGUUAACCCCAUCUCCAACUUUAAGCAGCUCUCCCAGCUCUGCAGCUGGACUGACGGCUGCCUCCUGGAGAAGAUUGAGAGGGCUAUCUCACAUGAGCUUCCAGCUCUGCUCAGCAGCAUCACCAAGGGCUCAGAGGCAGCCACGUCUGAAAAAGCUCCCCUGCCGUCUCCCACUGGCACCUGCAAGGGUCCUGAGUGCGAGGAGAAGCCAAAAAACCGCUGGAGGAAGCAGUGAGAUGGUUGGAAAGAAGACAGACAGAGAAGAGAGACGGCAGAGUUUCCUAUAUUAAUGUCCACUGGUGUGGAUGACAGGAAUAGCUGCUGGGAGACAGAAGCGAGAAAUGUUCCAAAAGUCUAACGCAGAACGGACUUCAGAAUAUUUUUGUUUUACCACUUAAAUGGGAGGAAUAUUUUCCUAAUGGAUGUUCUGUAGAUUUUAUAUGAAUGCUGAAAAAAAUAAUACAACUCUCUCCACAUUUAUUGGAACCCUUUAUAAAAAGCUCUAAAAAGCCAUGAAUUUGCUUAAGAUUUAAUUUUGAAUAAUUGCCAAUGUUUUUUUUUAUAUUUUAUAUAAUUGGUAGAAAGAAAAUCCAAUGAUUUAACUAUCUUUA